AUGAGCUGUGUACAGUGUUCAAAGAUGCCUCAUUACGAUGAAAGUUUUUUCUAUGAUGAUAAUCAGAAUCAAAGAAGGAAUAAACGAAGUUACCGUGUCUAUAAAAAUGGUUUGAGCCCACUACAUAUUCUGGAAUCUGGCGAUGUUUUGCAAGCACUCGAAGAGAGAGGAACUUCAGUUAUUAAACGAAAUAUUCGAAAUAUUAAACAUCGGGGCGUCAGACACAAACCAGAUUCAUGUACGUACUACGAACAAUAUACUAAGUACAAAACGCAAGAUGUACUUGGCAUCCGCACUCCGAGGAUUAGUGUAUUCGACCCUAAUAAAUUUUACGAUAUAAGAAACAACAACAUCCUACCACUGAGUUCUUGUAAAAGUUUUGAUAAUUUAACGUUGAAAAGGUCUCGGAAUAGUGAUAUACACAAGGAGAAGAUUAGGAAUGGUACGAGUCUACAGAAUCUUAUGUGCGAAGAAAGUAUCAAAAGGUUUUCCUCACCUUCCGAAGAGUGUUUAGCGACUACACGUAGGGAAGAUGUGAGAAAUUCGUAUUCCGUGGUCGAAGCUCGGCGAAGACCUAUGCGACGGGUUUCGCGGAACACUGCAGUACCUGGUGUCGGUGUCUACAGGCAAAUCGGUGAUCGCGGGCCAGACAAGAAACAUAUUAAGGGUAUCUUUUAUACUUCGUAUUAA